UGUUAACACUACAACUCAUCUUUAUCUAUAUCUAUCACCACCUUGGUGUAGUUAUUUCAUAUCAAUCUCUCUCUCUAUUCCCCAUUCGGAGAACUAAUUAAGCAUUGCUUGCUAAUCCCAUCCCACCAUGGAAGUGAAAGUAACAAGCUCCACCAUCCUCACAAUCCCCAUCUCUCACCCUUCCGACGUCCCCCAUACCAUCUUUGACCGCCACGCCCUGAACAGGCACAUAGCUGUUCUCUAUGCCGUCACUCCUCCCACCUCCACCAACGCUGACAUCAUCUCGGGCCUCUCCAAGACCCUUGUUCACUUCCCAACUCUCACAGCCAACCUUUCAACCGACUACCAUGGUCGCCCUUCGCUCACUGUCGGAGCCCCUGACGGAGGUGCACUUGUCGUUGAAGCCACUGUGUCAUCCAAACUAGAAGAUCACCUACCUCUCACUCCCUCAUCAGAUUUCAGACUCCUCCAUCCUGAAGUCAAUGAUGCAAAGCACUUGCUCCAAGUUCAGCUCAACCGGUUUCAGUGCUGUGGGCUGGUCAUUGGCGUCACCACCCACCACCGUGUUGCUGACGGACGGUCAAUGGGCUCUUUUUUUGUGGCAUGGGGGAAGAUGGUACGUGGUAUUCCCAUUGAUCCCCUUCCAGUCUAUGAUCAGUCGUGGCUCAAGCCUCGGGAUCCCCCUCUGGUGAAGUUUGAUCACUGGGGGAAUGAAUUCAUCCCUCUAUCUCCUCUACAAAAUGAGUUUAAUAUCACUCCAGUUUAUGUUGAUCCUAGUGAGAUCACCAACUUGUUGUUGCACUUCUCUCCAGAGUUCAUUAUGGCAAUUAAAGCUCAAACCAAUAAAUUAAGCAAUGAGAAACACACCACGUUUGAGACACUAGCAGGGUAUCUGUGGAGGAAGGUGACCAUAGCACGACAGUUAGAUGGUGAGGAGUGUACCAUGCUUGUUGUGCCAGUGAAUGGCAUGCGUCGGUUACAGCCUCCUGUACCGCUGGAGUUUUUUGGUAACUUGGCUCUAAAUGCAUAUCCGAAAACAAAAGCAAAAACAUUGAUAGAAGGAGGGGUGCUGACGGCGGCGGGGAUUGUUCGUGAGGCAGCGAGAGAUAUGGGAGAUGACUAUUUCAAGUCAUUUAUUGAUUUUGGUGAGGUUUACGGGGAUAGAGAUCUUGUGCCUUGCCAUGAGAAACUUGGCAAUGUGCUCUCACCAACUAUGGAGGUUGAUAGCUGGUUAGGGCUUGAGUUUGAUGAGAUUGAUUUUGGUGGAGGUGGAAAGCUUUGUGGUAUUUCGCUCUCAUGGGUGCCUUUCGAAGGAUUGUCAGUCCUCAUCCCUGCUUUGUGUAAGGAUGGUGGCGUGGAUGUUUUUGUUUCUUUGUUUGAAAAGGAUGCAGUGAGAUUUAGGGAAAUAUCUCACUCAUUAGAUUAGGUUUACGAAUUAGUUUCUCUGAGUCUUUUGGACUACUAUUGAUUAGGUUUGAUGGUUAUAUGAUGGUUGAAUAAAGUCUUGUUGCAUGGUGAUCAUAAUGCAUGCUGGAUGUAUUAGUCAUCGUACGUUUUACAUUUUCAAUAGGAAUGUUUAGUAAUUUGCUGGUUUGGAGACUCAUUCUAAUAUUUUGAGUUUA